UUGUCAUACACUCAAAACUGUCGACGCGACGCGCGCUGCCUCGGAUGCUCGCGGUUCAAAAGACGAUCCUCAUCACUCACAAAACGUCGGUGUAGUGUACUGGUAAGCCAAGAUGGCGUUUCAUAGCCUGAGGAUCGGCAGGUAUAUGACCCCAUGCCUCGGCAACAUGCUGAUGAAGAAUCGACCUCUGACAUUUGCAUACACGAAGAGAACCCUUCGCCUACACCAACACGACACCCAGGAAGAACCAGAAAAGAUACCAGAUAAGGAUAAAGUGAAGGGUCUUGUGUAUGUCUCCACAUCAACAGAUGUUCAUGCAAAUCUAGCUCUUGAAGAUUGGAUAUAUAACAACACAGACCUGUCUGACACAUCGCUGAUGAUGCUAUGGAGGAAUGACCCUUGCGUGGUCAUUGGACGACAUCAGAACCCCUGGGCAGAGGUCAACCUACGUCUGCUGUGGAGUUCAAAGGUCAAACUAGCUAGGAGAAGAAGUGGGGGAGGCACGGUAUACCACGACUUGGGAAACCUGAACGUCUCUUUCUUCUCAACACGAGAGCGGUACGACAGAACCAGGAACCUUAAUCUUAUCUCUCGGGCCUUGAAGAGGAACUGGCCUCGUCUGUCUGUGUCGGUCAACGAGAGAGAUGACAUCAUUGUGGACAACUUCUUCAAGAUCUCUGGAACGUCUUCCAAGCUAGGUCGUAAGAUAGCCUAUCAUCACUGCACCCUCCUACAUAGCGUCAACACACUCAGACUUCAGGAGAUGCUACACGUUAGCAAGAAGGGUUUGAAUAGUAGAGCCACGCCAAGCAUUCCAAGCAAAGUGAAGAAUCUUGGGGACAUUGAGCCAGCGAUAUGCCAUGAGAGCCUUCUUAAAUGUAUCACCAAUGAGUUCUACAGACAGCAUGAACCCUUUAAAGAGGCACAGGUGUACAAAGUCGACCCAACAGAUGAAGAAACUUGGAAAGGAAUUCCUGCCAUGUCUGAGGAUUUAAAGAGUUGGGACUGGGUCUAUGGCAAGACACCCCGAUUCAGCGUGACGGAGACGAGAGGGGCCAUCAAAGUCACCGUGCAUGUACACCAAGCCACCAUAGAGGGUGUUAUUGUGGAGGCACCACCAGGCUGGAUGCACAUUGAUAAGGUCCAAACCUUCACUGAGCAUAUGAAAGGACAAUAUUUCUGGUCCGACAACGUCGCUGAUGCUUUGUCAGUCUACCUCAGUACCACCGAGAGCGACGCGGAGACGUUGCGACAGUAUCGUCUUCUGUCCAGUAUGAUACGGGAUGCAGCAAGCUGACCAAACCAAUGAAUAAAAAACAAUGAGUAAUCCCUAUGAAGUGUGUGAAAUCAGCCUCGUCAGAACGUCUAUGCAAACGGUGAAGGUUGCACGACUGCUGUACUAGUGUGAAUGGAGUAUUUAAAGAGACAUGCAUGUGUGUAUUAAUCAAUGUCUCAUUUCAAACAUUUUGGUACAGGGUUGUUUUGCAUAUGUACAGAAAAGAUUAUGAUGAUAUUGAUGUUAGGUGUCUUUUAUACAAGAACACAUGUGUCUUUAAUAAUUGACGACGCAAUACUAACAGUUGGUUUACGCACAAAUAUUUAAAAGAUUAUUGUAUUUAUACAGGGCUGAACAUUAAAACUAUAUACUAUAUUUUUGGGCAUAGCCAUG